AUGGUCUUCCCGGGAAGUUCACCUAUGCCUGGGGACCAUUUUGAGUUGUGUUUUAUCUCACCCAUAAUUAAAAAUGGAUGUUCUUUUUAUGUUUUUUUGUUACAGCUGGCAGCAUUAGAGAGACAGAUCUUUGACUUCCUUGGUUUCCAGUGGGCUCCUAUCCUUGGCAAUUUCCUACAAAUAAUAGUUGUCAUUUUGGGGUUGUUUGGAACCAUCCAGUUUAGGCCUCGAUAUAUAGUUGUGUACACGGUGUGGACUGCCCUGUGGGUCACCUGGAAUGUUUUCAUUAUCUGCUUCUAUUUGGAAGUAGGCGGACUUUCUAAGGAAACUGAUCUCAUGACCUUUAACAUCUCAAUGCACCGCUCUUGGUGGCGGGAACACGGGCCGGGCUGCAUACGAAGGGUAGUGCGUCCUUCUGCCCCUGGCAUCCUAGAGGAUUACUCCUACGUCUCCGUGACGGGCUGCAUCAUUGAUUUCCAGUACCUAGAGGUCAUUCACAGCGCUAUCCAAAUACUCCUCUCUCUGAUUGGAUUUGUGUAUGCCUGUUACGUGAUCAGUAUUUUCAUGGAGGAGGAAGACAGCUUUGAUUUCAUAGGCGGACUUGACACAUACUCCUACCGACAGCCCCCCCAGGAACAUGUUGAGUUAAAGCCUGUAAAGCCUGUCGAAGUAAGUAAUGAAAUGGACCCAAGACUUCUGCUGCUGCAGCUGAAGAAACAGAUUUUAGAAGAAAAGACCAACCUUGUGGCUCAUCGUUCUGGAAGAAACCCACCAUCCGUUCCUCACGGCAUGUGGACUGUUCUUCCCGCAGGCUCAGUGUCAUUAUCAGCGUUGUUAUUUCGUAGAUCCUUGUAGAUGAUCUUGAAUUUUGGAAUAAUUUACUUAUAUGGACACUUGUAAAUUGUAAAUUUUUUCUUUUUUAAUUUUAAUAUUUUUACUACAUUCAGUGUUAAGGCAUGAAGACAAAACCACCUGUGAAAACUAGGAGAAGGGUGUAUCUUUCUCAGAAAAAGUCAGUAUUUUUUGACUGAAUAGAAUCAUACUGUGCCUGGCCAAGAUUUUGUCAGUAAACAGUAACUUUGACUCCAAAAUGCGCAGCAGGACUCAAACCCUAACAGUGUACAAGAAGUAAUUUCAAUGCUGUAUUUAGAAUUCUCGAUGUCCAGUCCUUGCAUUGUUUGAACUGCUGUAUGCUGUAGGAAUUGAUCUAUGACCCUUACCCUGAUGUUCGAGCACUAAUGUACUCACCUAAUUGUUACAAUUCUUAUACGAUUCCUUCUCCAUUCCUAAUCUCUUUUGCCCUGAGCCCACCAUCAGUAGCUGUCUCUGAUUUGAAGAGAUGUAGGACAACCACUCUACAGAUGUCAGUCUCUAGGAAUCCUUACAUCCAGGGCUCUUUAGAUGUCUGUGAUUUGCACAUUUUAAACUCUUCUCCUCCUUUCUCCCAGGAAGAAGCCAAGCAUGAAUGUACAGUACAAGGCACCAUUUGAAGCCUUAGAAGUCUCUGGGGACUAAUUUUGCUCUUAAUUUGACAGUAAACAAGCAAACCUGAAAAUGUGUGUACAAAUCUGUAAAAUUAUUUGUAAAUACUUCUAGACAAAGAACAUGUAUGUAACUGUGGUAUUUUGUUUUCUAUCCUGUCACCACUAGCAUAAAGUGAUACACAAAGC